AUGGACUAUACUCGUUAUUCAUCCCAGCCAGCAACUGUCGACCUCGUUCGUGCCGACUUGGCCGAAACCUGGACCAUCGAUGGGUUUGACUUUGAGAGUCCGCAGCGGUCCCCCUCAGUUUCCCGUGUUAGUGACAUGCUCGACCUCGAGUACAUACCAACUCCCCGCCCCCCUACGUCAAAGACUACAAAAAGGGACCCCCUACCCGAAAUACUGGGCGACUUCCUCGAGUUGUCGCCAACCCGGAAAAAGAGGCAGAACGAGAGCCAGGAGAGGCUGGACACUCACAAGCUCAACCCUCCCGGGGGAUCGCAGUUUCGAGAUUCCAAGACAAAUAAACGCAAGGGUCCCAACCAGUUGACGGCAGCAGCCGAUUCACCCAUAAAAUCUUCCGUUCCCAAGCCCGGAAAAACGACAACACUUUCAACCGCAACAAAGGGACCAGCAAAGGUGUCCAACCAAGCCAAGGCGCCUCCUAGGUCUCUCCCCACCAGGGCCAAUGCGAAAAGGGGGACGGGCGGUGACGACCUUUUCGAGUUAAGUGACGUUACAGACACGGAAUCGGAAUCCAGGCCAAAGAAGCGACAAGCCAAGCUACCAUCGCCUAAGGGACGUCAAUCAUUCCCUCAACGCAAAGCUCGAACUACUGAGAAGGGGGCAAGGUCCCCCAUCACCCGGAAGAGCAAGCCCACACCCGCACCGAAGAAACCGUCCAGUCGUGAUGCUCCUCGGAAAAGCAAGGCCAGUGCUGGACCAACAAGUACCGACAAAACUGCCCAUACAAACGAAGAAGAGGCGUCUAGCACCCCUAACUCUCAAGACGACGAGCUUACACCCACGAUGGCUCGUUCUACCUCGAACGAACGCUCGCGCAAGAAUGAUUCUGUGUUUACCUUUCAAACCACAGAUGGCCCAGGGAAUAUCGCUUCCCCAGAGCCCCCAAAACCUUCACCGGUUUCAGUGAAACAGAACGACGUUUGUCUACAGGCCCCGUCGAAACCCCACGAUGUCAUAACUCUGUCCAGCGAAAGUGCAGACGCAGACCGUGCGGCUACGGAAUCGAAUUCGCCUAUGUUCAUGGAUCGAUCCCAAGAAAACGUGCCUGCAGAAGCUCCUCCAGAUAUCUCCAUAACGAUCAACACAGGGCUAAGUUCUGACAAACAAUCACCAAAAGGGCCACCUGUAGACCGUAGAUGUCUCGGUUCUACCCCUCCAACUUCGUUUCAACCGGAUGCGCUAGGACACCGCCACCAGAGCAUUGAGCAUUGCUUGCCCGCGAGAAUACAAGAAGCAUUCUUUUCCGACGAACAACCAGUGGCACCAUCGCCGUCCCCAGCCCCUGAAUCGGAGCCCAACUUGGAGGAAUGUUCGGGAGUUGAAGACAUUUGGAAGCAAGUGGUGGAGGAUGAUUCCUCGCCUGCCAUUCUUCACCGAAUUGUGACCCUGCUGCACCGUUCUCUAAAGCCUAGAGAGGAGGUGAUACGCGACAUCGCAGCCGAUUAUAAGGCGAACGCUUCGAACUUGCUCAACAACUUGCGAGCCCGGCAUGGCCGAGAGAAGAAAGACACUUUGACCGCUCUCCGGAAGGCGUCCAGCUCGUCUUUCGCCAUCUUUUCGGGGGCAGGACAGGACAUGGCAAUCCUCAUCGACAAGCUUCGAGACAUGGAUGUCGCCCACACAGCAGAUACAAUCAGACGGCCGGUCCUUGCAGAGAAACUUGAUUCUGUGGUCAUGCUGUGCCAAACCAGGCUAACCAACUGCGACCGGGAGGGGCUAAUUGGAGAUGGCGUCGCGAGCGAGUCUGACGAUAGCCUUGAUGGUCUUGCAGAAACCUAUCGCCUCCGGUUGAUUGAAACAGUUCGGCAAUCCGAGGGUCAGUCUCCUAAAGUCCCAGGCAAGGUCGACUUACAGGUCGAGGAUUUCAUGAAGCAGUGCCUUUACGGCACAACCAAAAGGAUCACAACCCCCACAGCCAAGAAGUCAGACAAACCUGCUCGGAAUGCGGACGAGGCUCUGGAAGUCCUCUUAGACGGUAUCAUUAACACGCUGCAGGAGAGCAGAGAAGGGGGGAACCCGGACCGGGCCGCUGCUCAGGAUAUCGAUAUUGUCUCUGAGGACUCUGACAUGGGAAAUGUGGACAUUUUAGCGUGAGGUAUUAUUGUUGCCUUAGCGCUUUCCAGCUAGG